AAUUCAAAUUUCACAAUUAAACCAUUAAUGGCAUAUGAGUUUGCUUUUUUAAUUGUCAUGUUUAGUCCCUAGAGGAUGGUCAUUAUAAGGACGGCCCGGCGGUGACUGGAAACGCGUAAAGGCUAAUCAUUUAACUUUCAUUAGUUUAAUACGUCAUAAUGAUCUUAGUAAACGAACAGAUAAAUUAGGGCAUUAAUAUCAAAAUGUGUCAUUCAAUUUUGUAUGUAUAGUAUUGGAAGUUUUUGAAAACAUCCAGUACUUAGAGUUAGAUUUAUUGUUGUAUGUGUCAUGUGUGAAUGCACGAUUAAUGAUGGGUGACUUAUUUUUAAAGAACAAAUGCAAAUAAUAGCAGAUUGAUUUAUUAGAGUCAUAUUAAAAAAACAAUAAAAAAGAAGUUGCCUCACAUGUCUUAACCAACAUUUACUAAAACUAUGUUUAUGUCUGGGCGGUCAAAAAAGUCUAACUAGUUUCUGAUUCUAUUGUCACACUUUAUUAUUCUUGGGAUAAAAUGUCGUAAGAUUGUUUAUCUAUAUAUACCUCUCAACAUACCCAUUGCUUCUCCAAACACAUCUCAUCACUUUUCAACAGCUUAAAGUCUUAAACACUAAAUCAAGAUCUCUUUGUCUCUCUUUUUUUCGACCAUAAUCUCUUUGACUUAAAAUCAGAAAAGAUGAAACAGCUUUCGACAAAAGUGACAAGCAAUGGUCAUGGACAAGACUCAUCCUACUUCUUGGGAUGGGAAGAGUACGAGAAGAAUCCUUACGAUGAGAUCAAGAACCCUAAUGGUAUGAUCCAGAUGGGUCUUGCUGAGAAUCAGCUAUGCUUCGAUUUAAUCGAGUCGUGGUUAGCUAAGAACCCAGACGCAGCUAGUCUCAAGAGGAAAGGUCAAUCCAUUUUCAAAGAGCUUGCUCUCUUUCAAGACUAUCACGGCAUGCCUGAAUUCAAAAAAGCAAUGGCUGAGUUUAUGGAAGAGAUAAGAGGAAAUAGAGUCACGUUCGACCCGAAAAAGAUUGUUUUAGCCGCCGGUUCGACCUCUGCGAACGAGACUCUCAUGUUUUGUCUUGCUGAGCCUGGCGAUGCUUUCCUCUUGCCUACUCCUUACUAUCCUGGAUUUGAUAGAGAUCUUAAAUGGAGAACUGGAGCUGAGAUUGUGCCAAUCCACUGCUCAAGCUCUAAUGGCUUCCAAAUCACGGAAUCAGCUCUACAACAAGCUUACCAACAAGCCCAUAAGCUUGGUCUCAAAGUCAAAGGAGUUCUUGUCACCAACCCAUCUAACCCACUUGGCACUGCGUUGACCAGACGUGAGCUCAACCUUCUCGUUGACUUCAUCACUUCCAAGAACAUUCAUCUCAUUAGCGACGAGAUCUACUCAGGCACUAUGUUCGGGUUCGAACAGUUCAUCAGCGUGAUGGAUGUCUUGAAAGACAAGAAACUUGAAAACACCGAGGUUUCUAAAAGAGUCCACGUCGUUUAUAGCCUUUCCAAGGAUCUUGGACUUCCUGGUUUCCGCGUGGGAGCGAUCUACUCUAACGACGACAUGAUCGUAUCUGCCGCGACAAAAAUGUCGAGUUUCGGUCUUGUCUCUUCUCAGACUCAGUACCUUCUCUCUGCAUUGCUCUCAGACAAGAAGUUCACAAGCCAAUACCUCGAGGAGAAUCAGAAACGGCUCAAGUCCAGACAGAAACGCCUAGUGUCUGGUCUUGAGUCCGCAGGGAUUACUUGCCUGAGAAGCAACGCCGGUUUGUUCUGUUGGGUCGACAUGAGACACCUCUUGGACACAAACACAUUCGAAGCAGAGCUCGACCUCUGGAAAAAGAUUGUCUACAACGUGAAACUAAACAUCUCGCCCGGUUCGUCCUGUCACUGCACCGAGCCGGGUUGGUUUAGGGUUUGUUUCGCUAAUAUGAGCGAGGAUACACUCGAUUUAGCCUUGAAGAGGCUCAAAACAUUCGUAGAGUCCACAGACUGUGGACGGAUGAUAUCAAGAAGCAGCCAUGAAAGGCUCAAGAGUUUGAGGAAGAAGACAGUCUCUAACUGGGUUUUCCGGGUUUCAUGGUCCGACCGUGUACCUGAUGAGCGAUGAUUUAUUCAUCUCCCUAAGCUUGAGACGACAAACAAAAAAGCUUCAAGGUUUUUUCUUUUCUUUAUAUCCUUCAUUUUUUUUAUAUUUUGGAAAAAUAUUUUUCAUUUUCCAAGAUAUAUAUAAUAUCAUUAUAUAAGUGUAAUAUUCAUAAAUGUCUGAGUGAGUUUUUAUGCAAUUUUUCGUUCGGGUGUAAAUUGUUACUAUAAGUGUUGGUUAUACGUGUUUAAAAAUGCACUCAGUCCGAAUGUGGAUUUGCAGUGGCAAUAUAUAUAAAAUAUGUAUCCCGUUGUAAUUUUAAUCAAAAGUUUGCAUGUAUUGUGUAAUUAAUUCACUCUUUUAAUAUAUAAUAUUUAUUUGAUUUCGUAAA